AGCUGUAUGUGCACCACGGAGGUCAAACACACCAUGAUUCAAGGGCUGGUUAUUUUCGUGACCAGUCUAAUAGUGGUGGAGUCUGCUUUGCCCCAGGGAUGCGUCCAGCUACAAGAACACCCGUUUUCACAAUCGAACCCUGGUGAUGUCUUCGGAACAUCUAGUGAAAUCGGCAACAAAGCCAGACCAACUAAGGUGGAGAAUCUACGUUCUAAAGGCGCUAUUCCCACUGGGCAUUUCAUGACCAAUGUCAUCAAAGAUCAUCCGGUACCACUUAGGCUGUUUCCGUAUGAAGCGACCAUGGAUAACUACGGCAUGACUUACGACGCUUAUACCAUGGAGAGAUGGUACGACCCACAACGCACAGACACAAUGCAACAGCAGUCAGCCUGGAAAAGCGGCGAACCAUGGAACAAACUCAUGAGCCUCGGCACCAACCUAAAACAGACUACUUCCGGUCCUGAUGGAAAUCGUUACGGCACAUUUUCAGGUAGAUCAGGUGUACGAGUUGGGAUAGCCGGCAGUGGAGAACCGGUUAUAACUGACAUUGGAGAUCUGCAUGCCAACGUCAUGUAUACCGGAAAUGGCGGAUCGAUGGAGGUACCGAUUGUACGAGGCGCAGCUCUCCUAACACAUCUGUUUAACAACGCCAACCCAAUCAUCAAACCGUUCUGUCUCAGCAGCAUCAAUGGACAACCCGUGCAUUUUAACUGUCCCAAGGAGAAUUCCAUGGCAGAUGCCGGAAGUGGUCACAUUUCCGGCACUUGUAGUGGAGGAACCUUACAUAUCCGGUUAGAUAACUCAAAACCGAUAAAAGAGAUGAACAAGAUUCAGUGGGCAGCAGGCAGAAGAGACCAAUGGGGCAGUCACCACACUAUGCACAAUUGUGACGCUAGUAGUUGUCAUCUCAGUAACGACGGUCUUCGCCUUGAUAUAGACGUUCCAAACGCCUCGGGUAGAAUGGGAUUCGCCAUUAACUAUAUAGGGCAUUAUAUAUUGCCCUGGAGUUGGAUAGACCAUCCUGAGGAGGUCUCGUGCAGUGGAAGGAGGGAAACUACUGACAAAACUGAGGACGACAUAGGAACGAAUAAAAGAGCAGCCAUAUCAGAAAUACAGUUCACUGCAUCGUGUAACCCGAACCAUGACGUAGAAAUACGGGUAGACCUCGGCCACCACAAUUUACCUGGAGUAGCGAGAGUUCAAUACGCUCUGGAGAAUGACAAUGAGUGGAUAGGCUGCCCUGCCCGAUGUGUACCUAUGCAUACGUGUUCAUAUGACAAAUGUACAAGGAGUGGACAAUACGUCAUCAUUAAGACACACAUGUCUGGAAGCCGACUGAAACUGGCUCUUAAUGUGAUAGGACGGACAGUGUUACCAUAUCAACACUGGAUGGAGGCUCCGUACGAACUGACUUGCGGAGGACCUAGUAUCAAUAGUCUUACCUACUUCCAGGGAGGAGGUCCAGUCACGCAAUCACCAACACUUACUCAAGCAACACAUGCUCCAGCAACAAAUGCACCUACACAUGCUCCGAUAACAAAAGCUCCAACACAUGCACCUCCUGUCACACAAGCGCCAACUCAGGCGACCCAAGCGCCAACCAACUCCCAUGGUACAAAUACAAACCACCAUGUUAACAUUGCGCCGGGCACAAAGUUCAUCAUGGAGCUCAAUGAACCAGGCGAUGAACUCCCUAAUCAGACGAGAAAAUUCAUGCUGUACUUCAGUAAAGCCGUCACCAUGAACAUAAACAAUGGAGACAAUACAAUCACGUUUUCUCCACAGUCUGGUGGCGCCUAUUCCGGUCUCAUGCAAUUGGCUUAUUUAGGAGCUGGACCAAGGGGAGAUAAUUCCAAUGACAAUGUUUUAGACAGCAAUCUGGGUUUAUAUUCAUAUAAACCAGUUGCAUCAUACUGUGCCUCUGAUUCGGCAAAUAAGGCGUAUGUAAAUUUCGAGUGGAACGUCAACAAUCAAUAUGCUGCGGCAUCAUCCGGGCAACUACUCAUGGUUACAAUGCCUCAUCAUGUACUUCAAAUGGCACACAGUAGCAGCAACAUCAAAAACACAGUUUACGGCUUUAAAGGGUACGAGGGUACUGAAUGGCUGCUCGAGAUGAACCUUCCUCGUGCUUCGAUGGAACCUGACGAAGCUGCAGUCACUAAAAUUAAACAAAAUAACAAACAACUUAGUGAUAUCCUGACAGCUAUUGCGCGUGACGCUUCCGAGCACAACAUUGACACGAUCUGUAGUCAAUGGGACAGUUACGGCCUAGGGAAAGCAAUAGGUUUGUCUGCCAGAUUGGCCAGCAUAUCACGAGCCUUCGGAACAGACCACUAUGAGAAUAUAGACACGCAAAUCAAGAAUUGUCUGGAGAAAUGGCUCCGUGUCCAAGAUUCCCUGUCCGACAUGUGGAAGUUCCACUAUGACACUGUAUGGGGUGGUCUAUUCCUCCGAGCCACUAAUAACGCCGAUGUCGGGUACGGCUACGACUUUGGUUUCCCAUACUACAACGACCAUCACUUCCACCUCGGGUACUUUCUGUACGCCAUCGCUUACUACGUCAAACACCACCAGGAUUGGGGCCAACAGCACAAAGAACGUGUUUACGCUCUUGCCAGAGACGUUGGUAACCCGAGCUACAUUGACAAAUAUUUCCCCGUGGUACGUCAUAAAGACGCGUACAUGGGAUUCUCAUGGGCCACAGGUGUGGUUCCAGGGCAGAGACAGGAAGAAUCAUCAUCGGAGGGAUUGAACUGCUACCAUGGUCUCGCUGCGUUGGGAGAUGCUUACAAUGACGACAUUAUGAAGAAGACUGGUCAGGUGACACUUGCCACGGAGAUUGAAUCCGUGCGAGAGUACUUUCACGUGCGGAAUCACAACGAGGCUCAUUUUCCACCAAUCAUCAGAGGGUACGGAGCGGUAGGACAGAUAGCUGAAGACAACUUUUACGUUUACACGCUGAACUGGCCAUGCGCACCUAAUGUUUUUCCUAUGAGACAUGCAUGUCUUAUUGGUAUUCAGAUUAUACCCAUCACCGCGGCGUCAAAGUACUGGAUGGACCAGGACUGGGCAUCACAUAUUAAAAAUUCAUGUACUCAAGCCAUCCAUCCAGAAACUGCACCAGACUACCACCUGACGAAUCCCAGUGAUAUGGGAAAACUAGACUCGGGAUGGGCAGCAUUCUGUUAUGCAGGCAUGGCGCCAUAUGAUGACGCUCAUAUGCAAAUGGCCGCAGACUAUGUCAAAGAUAAAGGCCCGAGACAGUUAGUAGGAGGGACGGGAGCUGCCAGUACUCUGCUGUUUAUAUACGGACGUACAUAGGAGCUGGGAAACCAAUAAUAUGCUAUUACAUUGUACCAAAGAAACACGUCAUGUUAUCACUACUUACGGCUGAAAUUAAACAUAUCCACAUUAUGCAAACCUUGUUACAUUACAAUAUUACUAAAACAAUAAAAAAUGACUUCAUCUAUUUACUUUUCCCUGACACGGUCAAGUAAAUUUGACAAGAUUGACCAGUGAACCAGUUAAAACCAUAUAUUCCUCCCUGACUGUUCCAUACAUUACAAAAUGUCAUUGAAUAAUAGACAAAUUUCAGUUCAAGUACUGAACAGUAUGAAAAUAUCAAAAUGGUAGUGACAUAUACUUCAUGAUAUGAUGUGAACACAGUUCAAAAUAAAGUUUUCAAUAUCAGUACUUUCAAAUAAAUGACUUUGAAGCAACUCAAAAGUUUCAACUCUUCUUAGGUCCGAGGUGUUCAUAUUUUCUUAAUAUAACAUAAACGAAUAAAAAGCAUUUCGAUCUCUUUGCUAUUGUUAUUUUUAUACAUUUAGUUGAGACAACAGCUUGUUCUCACCAUUCAGUUUCUAUGGAAUAUUGUGUUAACAGUUGAUGUAUAAGAUUGUGCUUCAAUGGAACAUGGCAAUAUUGUGGAAGAUUAUGUAACCAUGGAAGUGUGUACAUUUUGUAUCUACGUAACAUGGUAAUAUUGUGGAAGAUUGUGUUACCAUGGAAUUGUGUAUCUACGGAACAUGGUAAUAUUGUGGCAGAUUGUGUUUCCAUGGAAUGGUGUAUUUACGGAACAUGGUAAUAUUGUGGAAGAUGGUGUUACCAUGGAAUUGUGUAUCUACGGAACAUGGUAAUAUUGUGGAAUGUAUCUGGAGCAUUGUGUUGAAUAUUUUGUUUCUGCGAAAUAUGCUGUCGAUAUGGACACUAUGUUCCUUUUGAGUACAGUGUAACUGUAAAACACUUUUACUUAGUAACAUAGAAUAACUGUAAUACUUC